UUGAGAGUUCUGGGCCCAUUUAUACGCUUGUUCCGCUCGCUUCGCUCGCUCCACGUCGCUAAAAUGGGCCCAGUUCCUCUCAAUAUCUAAGCUACAAACAACAGUGGGGUAGAAUCCAAAUGACACUAGUGGGUUAGGAUCACGAUUCGCAGUCUGCAGAAGUGGGAUAGAAUCCGAGUUGCAUUUGGGUUAAAGUCCUUAUUGUACUUUCUUUCAUAAAGAUCUAAAAAUUCAAAUACUUCAGUCGAAUCCGAGUCAAAGCUUUCACAUGAGACGGUUUCUGUAUGUUGCCAACGAAUGUUACUUUUACUGUUAUGAUAAAAAACUGCAAAAGGCUUAACACAACGGGUACAAGCUAGCAUUGUACCCACCAGAUCUAGUUCUGCUUGAGAAACCAGAUCUCGUAACGCACCAUCAUAGCCCAGAUUUGCAACUGGUAGAGAUUUGUCGGGCUAGGUUUAUUACGGUGUUUGUCACACUCAGACAACACAGAAUUGGCCAGAGACUGUGUGUCACAGAGUAUGGAUAGAUUGGGAUUAGAAUUUGAUUUUUAACUUUGAUUUUUAACUUUGAAUUUUGACUUUGAUUUUGAGGGUGGGAUCUCCAACGUCACUACGACCGUCUAGCAACAUGGAUCACCCGUGUCAUUACUGUACGCAAAGUACAGUAACACGCCACCGCGUAUGUGUUUAACCGUCACCACGUUGUAGUGUGUCAUGCAUACAUACCCUGUCCGAAGUAAAUUAGAACCAAGUAUGUUUGCACACGCCACCGCGUUACCAAUUCAACGUCACAAGGUUGGCCAUGCCUCGCAACAUCGAAGAGGUAAGAGUACUGAAACUAUCGGUCGGUAUAGCCACAGACACUCCGACAUUUCUAUCAAUGUAAAUUGUAUUUAUGCAACCGAUUACAAAAACUUCAAUAGUGCGAUGUAGACCAGGCUAUGUGAUUGGAUGAUAUGUGUGACGCAGAUGUGACGCCUUCUUUUGUAAUUUGUGUAUGCUACUAACCAAAUUCGACCAUAGUUCGAUCGUACUAAAGUUUGAAAUGCAUUAUACGAAACUAUGCAAUUUCAACCCACGUGUAAACUUGAUAACAUAAAAGUAAAACAGUCAAAACGUUCUGUUGGGUUACAAUAAAAUCAGUCUUAUUGAUCGAAAAUAAAGAUCUACUUUAUUAGAAUCUAAAGUUUCAUAGAUGCUUUUAUGUGAAUGCAAGUCAAGGAAUUUAAUAUCUAACCCAUUUAGUACCAUGUCACAGUGACAACCGUUAUAAAUGCAACUAGAGAUCUCUUCAUCUAUUCAUUGUGACAUGGUACAAAUACGUUAACUGUACGUAAUACGUACACUCAAACUGGUUUUGAAGCGUGAAUAAUCGAACCUAUGCUCUGUUCUUGUCAUACUUCGAGCAUUUCGUAUAAGCGAACAAGUGACAAGCAGGAAAUAGGAGAGUAUUCCAGCGUAUGUUGAUAUAUAAUAUCAGGUCAAAGACAUAUGUCAAUAGACUCAACAAGUUAUCUUUUUGUAAUUGAAUGAAUUUUUCGUAAAUAUAAAUCAGCAAUAUCAGCAUUUUUAUUCGGUUAUGAUUAUUAUAAAAUAAACGAAAAGUAUUUCGUAUUACCUUUUGUGAUAAAAUAUAUUUACUGUCAAUACUGGACGAGGUAUUCUUUUUGUAAAUAAUAGGUAUAAGGUUAGUUUCCUUUAAUUAUUUAUGUAGUUUAGUCCUUAUUUAUAUUUAAUGUUACCCUUAUAAAAUAAAUCAUUUUUUCUGCCAAAGUAAUUGAAUAGUACAACUUCAUAAAUAUAGCAAUCGAAUGAUCAUACCGAUACAUAUUUACGAAAAUACAGAUCGUAGGAGUUCAAUUAAUAUUCAUUCAAUCAUAAAAAUAUCGUCUGCGGAGUCUAUUAUCAUGUACGUCUGUCAUGUGUUGAUCAUAAGAUCACAUUUCAUUCAUUACGACCGCGCUUGAUUCUAAAAAUGAUGACGGGUUGUUUCUUUAGAGCCUUGUACCAUGAUAUAAGGUUCUGAAUAUUAAUUAACCAACUUAGUCAAUUUGUGUAAUAAUGUCCUUACAAUAUUUAAUAUAUAUAUUUCUAAGUAGGAGGGUUGUGUUUUUCUUACAUACCUUUUUAUUGACUAAUAAAACAAGAAGUUUUUUUCUUCUUUCACAAUUUAAAUCCUGCGUUAAAUUUAAACAUAAGGUUUAAUUUUGUUUUAGGCUUUAGAUAAAUAUUAAUGGGAGGCUUGUUCCUUAUUCGUUUUUAUACAGAUAUGCACAAAAAUGCUCAAAAUAAAAGCAAACUUAUGAGAACGAUAGUGAUAUUUACUGAAAUAAAAAAUAAUAGUUUCUUUAAAUAAAUAGGCUCGUGGUACCAGCCAUAUUUCCACGUGUUGCAAGGUUUUCACAAUCUAGGGUAUUAUUUGAUAUUCGAUAUCUAUUUUGUCGGCGCUUUGUGCAUAACAGGAAGUAAACAUAUUUUGAAUACGAUUUAGGUACUGGUAUUAAAGCGAUUUAUAUUUUUUCUACAAUGAUGACAUUAAGGUUUAAAGUUGAAUGUUCGAAUUUGGUUGUUUAGCCAUAUAUUCUUAUUUCGGUUAAAUAACAACUCAUCAUUUUUUUACUAUAAAACAUAACGUUUCUAUGCAUUUGUUUUUUAAAUAUUUAAGUGCUCAGUGCUCCAAGCUAUUCGUCGAUUUUUUAAGUGAAUCAACCCCGCAGCCUUCAUUUAAAAUGUCUGACUCCGAAUAUUCAACUUACGAGCGCACCCCGUCACCUGAGCCGAAGAAAUCUACAAAGAAUAUCAAGAAAAGAAAAUCAUCCUCAGCAUCAAGAUCUGAAUUUGAAACAGCAUAUCAGCGACCACGCACGCCAUCACCAGCGCAAAAGAAAAAAUCAACCAGCAAAGUUCGUGCAUCAACCAGUAAAAACAAGAAUCCUGGCUCUAGUUCUUCCAAAAAGGUGGCUGAAGCCGACAUCUUCAAGAUUAUACGAGAUGAAGAGAAGAUCACCGACGAGCAAAAUCUGAAAACCGUCAAGACCACUUCGUCCUUUACCAGUCGGUUAUCAUCGGGUUCUACACGGCGUACUGCAAUUACGGACGAUUUUCAAAAAAUGGGAGAUACCGAAGACGUCCACAUCCCUUUUUCACAAUACGCACAAGAGUUUGUGCUUCCAGAAGAAUUCGAUGACAGCGACAUAUAUAAAAAAGUCAAGAAUUCUAUUCAAAAUCCAAAAGUAAAGAAACGGACAACAAAAGUCAAUAAUAAAGUCAUUAAACGAUACAUUGGACAUCCACCAUGUUUCGUGAUAAAUAAUGAAGCAGGAAAAGGCAACAAGCUUGUAAGAAUCCAAAUUAUAGAUAUUCGAGAUGGCAUUCCAGAUACCAACGAGCAAGACGAGAAGGUGCUCCUGAGCGCGCAGUACGUGGCCAAUGAUAGCUAUGAUGAGAUUAUUGACUGCACUGAAGGGGUAAUAAAUAAAAUUUCGAAGAAAGUAUGUGGUUACAGUGCGAGUUUAUAG